CAUGACAACUCUAGUUAUCAUGAGGAAGAAGAGGAGGAUAUCAACUUUUUUAGUAAAUUAGUAAAGUUUAAGCUUAAAAAAUGUAAAUUGCAAUGAACCACCAGCUGUAAAUAGGGCAAUGCAACUUGAACGCGACCUGCGCGCAAUUCGCAUGUAAGUCGUGGUGAGCGCUGAAAAAAACGCGGAUCGCGGCGGCAGCAACAACAACAACAACAACAGACCGUCCGUCGUCUCGGUAGACGUCGAAUAAUAUACAUAUAUCGCAAUAAUCCAAUUGCAAGUGGUAAUCCGAUGAACAAUUCAAGUGCAUUACUAUCGUUGGACCGCAGAAUAAGUGAAAGUGAACUGGCAUAACAAUACUAUGGAACAGGUUGACUCCUCCACCGAGCUGCACCUGAAUAGGAAAGAUCUGGCCGCGCUGGCCGAGGAUGUUGUGAAAGAAGAGGUGAUAUUAGAAAGCUCCAGCCAUCACCAUCAUCAUCAUCACCACCAGUUGGACACCAAGGUUCGCAUGGUCACAUCCUCCUCCAACGACAACAGUGGUAGCGGCGGCGCCAGUGGCGGUACAAGCGGAGCGGGCGGAGGAAACGGCGGUGGCGGUGUGGUUUCGGUGCCCGUAUCCCUGCCCAUCGGUUCGAUGAUAACCGGCACUACCUUCAAUGUGAUCACGCCCGACCAGCUGCCCCCUCACUUCAAGCCGAUGCUGUGCGUCGACAACAAUGGCUACCUGUCCGGCAGCACGGUCAGCAUGGGCAACGACCUCAAGACGAUCGUCAUCCAGCAACAGCAGACGCAACCAGGCGGCGGCGGUGGCGGCGCCAAUAAUGCGGGCACCAAUACGACCGCCACAAAUACGAUUGGACUGAAUCACGAUGGCUCCGGGAGCAACAAUAGCCACGACAGCCUGGCCACCUUGGAGCACGCCGCGGGCGGAGCGAGUGGCGUCGGCGGUGGCGGCGGCGGAACGGGUGGUGGCUCCUCGGGAUGGUCGGAGAACCCGUCAACCCAGCACAAUGAGGUCUUCCAGAUCCGCUGCAAAACCACCUGCGCCGAGUUAUACCGCAGCAAGCUGGGCUCCGGCGGCCGUGGACGCUGUGUGAAGUACAAGGACAAGUGGCAUACGCCCAGUGAGUUUGAGCAUGUGUGUGGCCGGGGCUCCAGCAAGGAUUGGAAGCGUUCGAUCAAGUACGGCGGCAAAUCGCUGCAGUCCCUCAUCGAUGAGGGUACGCUCACGCCGCACGCGACCAACUGCAGCUGCACCGUCUGCUGCGACGACGAAGCAGGUGAGUCAGCUUCCGGCCCUGUCCGUCUCUUUACACCGUACAAGCGGCGGAAGCGGAAUCAAACUGAUCUCGAUAUGGAGUCUGGACCCAAACGCAAGCGUAACACCCAUCAUAGUAACAACAACAACAGUAACACCAAUAACAACAACACGAGCGGGAGCGGCGCCAACAACUGUGUGGAUGUAACUGCAGCUGUGGCUGCUGCAACAGCCAGCGUGGUGGACGAGAACAACAUGUUCCUGUCGGAAGAGAACAUCACGUCCAAGGAUGAGCCGUGGGCAGCGCUCAACGACAGCCUGGACACCUCCACCGAGCUGGUCGAUCAGUCGCAGAUGGGCAACACGUACGAACGGGAAACGUUUGUGGUGAACAUCAACGAUGGAUCCUCCAUCGCCGUCCUGGACACCAGCCAGUCGAUGAAGAACAUCGAGCACGUGUACUGCACCAUGGUCAAGGCCACCAAUGACUUCAAACGCAUGCUUAACGACAUGAAGCAGUCCUUCGAGCGUCGCAUCGAGGUUCUGCAAAAGGAGCGCGAUGCAGCGGUCAGCGCGAUGCGUGUCCAAGUGCACGCGGACAUCGAUGAUCCAAAUAUUUCAGGCUCCCUGCACGGCAACGAGAUCAUUUCGGCUAAGAAGUGCGCCAACUGUAACCGCGAAGCAUUGGCCGAGUGCUCACUGUGCCGAAAGACGCCGUACUGCUCGGAGUUCUGCCAGCGGAAGGAUUGGAAUGCUCACCAGGUGGAGUGCACAAGGAAUCCACAAACGACAACGCAGCAGGUCAUGCUGUUGAUCGACGAUCAGUCCUAAGCAACGUAACGAAAUGUACAUACAAAUUUUACUACUAAUUAAUACGAUUAUAGGAAGUCGACCCCCCCUCCCCCAAGUCGCUAAAGUCCUUGCAGUUCGGUUCAGGUCAAACACCUGUAGUCCACUCCCACUCCCUUCCCCCUCGACCCCUCUCUUCCCCCAAAGUUCCCAUUAGAAGGCCUGCAUCCUCUUAGACGUAUGUCCUACAUUAAUGUAAUUCUUAACGUACAUAUAACUAUAUAAAUAUAUAUACAUUUUACUAUUGAACGUAGGGCAAGCCAGCAAAGAAAAAAAAAAUAACAAAAAACAAGCGAAACGAAAGUAAAAUUAAUUAAAAAAAGAGAAAAUGUAGCAAGCGAAAAUCAAAGCAAGUGCAAAGGCGUAGAGAAUUAAGCUACGAUAUGAAAGUAAAAAGUGAAGAAAAACUAAACCGAUUACUUGUAAUUCAAUUUAAAUUAAAUUAAAUUAAUUAAUAAUAGUUGCAAGCGCAUAGCAUAACUAACGAGAGACCCCAAGCAUCCAGCCACCCCGCUCCCCGCACCCUACCCCAUUCAAAAACACACAAUCGACAGUGAAAAACAACUAGAUAAAACCUAAGCGAUUAUAAAAAAUUUCUGAAAUUACCAUACAUAUUCGUCGAUGUAUACACUUUUCAUUAGACUGUAAGCGCAUAGUUAAACUUUUAACAUUAUACCAUUAUAAUUUUAUGGAUACUACUGCCCGUUACAAGCAUCCAAUAAAGAUUUCAAACAAACAAGCUAAAUAAAUCCACAGUACGAAGUAAACGCAAUCCGAAUUCCAAUUUCAAUUCAAAUUUCAAUUACAAACAUACAUACAUAUGCAUAUAUGCCCGCACAGUAAUCGAACCGUAAUGUAAACAAACAUAUAGCUGAAAAUGGAAAAUUGAAAAUGGACAACUUACAGUUUGUUUGUUAGCUGUGUGUAAAUGUGUCUCGUAGGGUUUUCCCCGUUCUCCCGUUUGUAAAGUUUUGCCUACGCCCCCCUCAGCUGAUGUAACAAUUCUUAUAGUCUGUAGUCUCCAUAUGCUAAUACAUUUAUAUAUGUAGUAUAUAUAAUAAACGACUAGCUAUAUAUUCCGAUUCACGCACACACGCGCCACGUACACAGCGAGAAACCACGAUCGACACACAUACACACAUUAAAUCGCAGAUGGAAAACAAGUUACUUUCGAUUUUCGAGCCUAACCGCCUGACCAAUUCAAUUUGAAAUCUUUAUUUUCAUGUCUGUAAUGGUUUCGGAUGUUGCACUCAAUUAAAGCCAAGCCACAUUGUUCUGAUACAGAUACAGAAACUGCAGAACUGCAGAAAAUGAAAUCAACGCCCUCUCAUCAACACACAAAACACAAAUCAAAAAUCGAACGCGAGUGCAGAUAGGGAAAUAUCGAGAGAAGUGCAGAUGAAAAGAUCGACAAAAUAUAUACAUACAUUUAAAUGUACAAAGCCUAGCAUUUGUGUCGUGUUACUUUUUGGUUUCCU